AUGGCAGGAGGUCAGACACCUCCUGCUGUCCAGCAGCAGCAAAGACAAGACGAAGAUGUCGAAAUGCGCGACGCCCCUGUACCAGUAGCAGCACCAACGACAUCAGCAUCAUCACAAUCAUCAGCGGAAGCACCCUCCUCUGACAACACUGCCAAUUCUUCACCCUCACCACAGCAACUAACUACCAGCAAUAAUCCCACAACUCAAUGCCAACAAGCAGCACCAGCCGACCGGCCCCAACAAUCAGCCCCUCCUCCCGUUCCUGGCCCACGCGCGGCCCGUCUACAAGCUCUGUUCGCUCAGACAGUGAAACACACGCUGGACAAGAUCAACAAAGACAACUUCGCAAGCUGUUUCCCGACAAUGGCGGUCAAGGCGCCGGGGACGUUGGAGUUUGUGCGGCGACAGAUGGUGGAGAGGUUGGGAGGGUUGUGGGAGAAAGAGUUCGACUCCAUCCUGCAAAACCGCUCCGUCGUCCUGCGCCUGAACGAGCUGGAAGCCCUCGUAGCCGACGCUGGACGCAGACGACAAGCACACGACCCUAACACCGAACCUCCCGUUCCACCACAUACCCUCCCCGCCCCCGUAGUCCUAUCCUCCCACCUGCGGCCUCACUUCAAAGACCAACACUCCCGCCUCGAAAAAGCUCUCGAUGAAACGCAAUCAACGAACGAGAAGCUCUGGGCUGAAAUCAGUGCCCAGCGCGUGGAACUAGAAUCACUCCUUGCGUCCCUUGAGCAAGCAGCCCGCGAUGUGCAAGGCGCCGGUGAGCUGCUGGCCGAGGUAGUUGACAAGCUUGGGGAGGAGACAAGGGAAGGCGAUCGGGUUGUUAGGCAAUGUGCGGCUGGAGUGCUGGAGGGAAGGUAG